UUCACUCUUAAAAUUUAUAAAAAUAAGAAAUAACAAAGGGGAUCACAGAUUCAGAAUUUAAAUUUGAAAACAUUUAGGAUGAAUUAGAAGCAGUAAACCUAAUCUAUUAACUUCUCAUAACUGCUCAUUUAAAAAUUACUACUAAAAAACCAUUUUAUUAAAUAAAAAAAAGUUGCUUCUUUUAACACUAGCUAGAGACCAGCAUAUUGUGAGCGCAAAUUCUGAGAUAAAUUAUGUAUUAUAAUUUAUUCAUUUGUAAAUAAAAAAAACAUUCCUGGAUGUGCGAUAUCAUUUUAAUGUAAAAAAAUGUCAUGUGAUGAACGAUAACCAAUCCAUAACAAUUGCCUAAAUAAUUAGCUUGUAUUUUGACAUCUGUAAUAGCUUCGUAGAAUUAUUUAAUACUAUCUCUAUCUUUAUUCGUAUUGGCUUACAAUUUACAUCUAUCCUGAAAAUGUUAGAUGCACAAAACGAAGAGGCAUUACGUGAAACGAAGUUACAUAUAAAAUUUACAAAUGAAGGAAUGCUCGUUUAUGGUGAAUGGAGUAACGAGAAAUUGCUCGGUUUGUUAAAGGACAAACUUGUGCGAUAUAAUAAUGUUAAAUCUUUAUCCGCGUGCACCGAUGUAUCAUGUGAUGCGUUAUGUGAUAAAUCAUUACAUUUUAUUAUCCAUAGUGGAAUGUAUAAUGAAUGUAUUUUACUGGAACUAGAAGGAAAAGGUAUCAAGACUUUUUCGUACGGAGAUUUCUGUACACAUCCGUCCUGUUGCUUGUCGUUUUAUUACAUUGAAUAGUAAAUUUUAGGCAUGUCGUUACGAAGUAUCAUGAAAGCAAUGAAGUAUGGUCUCCUCGGUCUCACUUCCGAGGAACUGAAAUAUUUCUACGGUUUCGGGGCAGAAAUAGACGUAGAUACAUGGACGAAGAAACUUGAUGGUAGAUUGAUCUGGAAUCUGGUUGCUACUGGAUUAACCGAAAAUCAAUGCUGGACCAUUGUUACGUGCGGAUUGGUGUCUCAAGAUGAAAGCAUAUUAUGUCGGCUUUUAUCGAGCGGCAUCGACGUCCCAGGAAUUCUGAACUGGCAGGGGAAAGCCAAGCCGGCUUCACCAACGAUAAUCCGUUUUCUGAAAAAACUCGGGAUGGAUGAGGACACUUGUAAUUAUGUAGGAGAGAACGGUAUUGAUGAUGAAGUUGAAAAUAUUUUAAUUGAUCUUGGGUAUAACGAAUACAGAAAGAAGGAAGCUUUAGGAAUAACUGAGGUGUUUUAAUUGAUUUCAAAGGACAUUAGAUAAAAACGCACAUUAUAUCAAACGAUAAAUAAUCUACUUUGAAAUUGAAAUAAUCGACAGGAAAUAUUACAUGAAUGCAGUUUAACUGUAUUGGAAUCACACUCUACUUUCCUGGAGGGGAAAACGUCUGACACUGUAUCCGACAAUUCAUUGAAGACAUCUUGUUCUUGCAGUUCAAGUAAAACGGCUUUUUCAGAUAUUUCUAUCGUAACAAACCUUGCCACGUGCAUUUGUUAUUUGAAUUCGUUGCCGAAAGAACAAGCUGGCGAAACUUUGACGAGAAACGAUUAUUUGAGGUAUUUUAUGGCGGUUUAUAAAUGUGCUGUGUUGAAUUUGCAUGAAAUAAGUACGAUAAUAUGUAAUAAAUUGUGUAACGCAUG